AUGUCGCUGAGCCCAAAGCACACAACACCUUUCUCAGUGACAGAUAUUCUCAGCCCCAUCGAAGAGACCUACAAGAAGUUUAGUGGCAUGGAAAGCUCUGGAAACCUAGCAUCUCAAUUGGGAGCCUAUCGGCAACCUCAGGUGUCCCAGACGGGAAUGCAGCAGCACUCGAUGGGCCACAACGCCACGGUGGCAAGUACCUACCACAUGCCCCAUUCUGUCUCCCAGUUUUCACACAGCGCUAUGAGCGGCUACUGUAACGGCAGCAUUGCCAACAUGGGCGAUCUGCCCUCUUACCAAGAAACUAUGAGGAACAGUGCAGCGGCAACAGGGUGGUACGGAGCCAACCCCGACCCAAGAUAUUCGACAAUUUCUAGAUUCAUGGGACCUUCCACAGGUAUGAACAUGGGCGGAAUGGGGACGCUGAGCGGCAUGGCGGACCCAUCCAAGGCGAUGACACCCCUGCAUGCGACGCCUAGACGAAAGCGACGAGUUCUUUUUUCCCAAGCCCAAGUGUACGAGCUGGAGCGCAGGUUUAAGCAACAGAAGUACCUUUCAGCGCCUGAACGGGAGCACCUGGCUAGCAUGAUCCACCUAACCCCCACUCAAGUGAAGAUCUGGUUCCAAAACCACCGCUACAAGAUGAAACGACAGGCCAAGGACAAGGCGGCGCAGCAGAUGCAACAGGAGGGUAAUUUAUGCCAGCAGCAGCAGUCUCCCAGGCGAGUGGCAGUGCCUGUCCUGGUCAAGGAUGGCAAGCCGUGCCAGAACGGUUCCAACACACCGACGCCCAACCAGCAACAAAUGCAGCAACAGCAACAUCAGCAACAGCAACAAAACAGCGUCGUGCUUCCUGCAACCAGUAACUCUAUAAAUCAACACCAGAGUCAGGUGGGCGCCUUGGUGCAGGCCCAAGACCUGGAGGAAAUGUCACCCAGUCCUCCAUCCCUUCAUUCCUCACUGAACAAUAUGGGACAGAUAGACACAUCUGUAGAUUACACUAACAACAUGGUCACGUCAAACCUGCUUUAUGGCAGAACGUGGUAAAACUGGUUCAUCAUUUAGUUUUUUUUUUACGCAAUACUAAAUUUGAACUGAAAAAAAAAAAAAAAAAAAAAAAAAAUGCCAAAAGCAGUACGGAUAAAACAAGGAAAAAAAGCAACAUUUCUUUUUUGGGGGGCAUGAUUUUUAAAAAAAACAAUUUUGCCAGUAAAUGACAAGAUGUCAUUUCUAGGCUUUUUCUGUGUUUGGACUCCCCUUUAUUGUAAUAGAAGGUCACCCGUUACUGAAUAAUGUUGCCGCGGUGUGAAAGCAAGAGUCUGGAUGCUGGGACUUCAGGUACGAACUUAAGAUCCACAAAAGAUCUAGAAGUGUUUUCAACAAGCUUUCAACAAACAACAAGCUUUUCCUCCCGCGAACAACUGAACUUUUUUUAUAAUAUGACUACUGUAAGCUAAUGUAUCAAUUUAGAUUAAUGGAAAAAAAAAGUAGGGACUGUAUAUUUGGCUAACAAUUGAUUUUCUGUUUACCUGUAAUAUACUUGUAAGUUUUGUUGUUUAUUUUAUUUCUUUUUUUUGUAAGUUAAAAGGAAC